AUGCCACAACUUCCUGACAAACUUUUAGAAGAGUACACGGAGAUUUACACACUGAUCGAUCCGAAAAAUGAUGGAUACAUCGACGCCCCCAAGCUCUUCAAAGCUCUGCACACUGUCGGAUUUGAACCAACGGAGGCCGAAGUCAUGGAUAUCAUUGAUGCCGUUGACGUUAACAAAUCAGAAAAGAUAGAGUUUGUUGAGUUGGUGGAUAUGAUGUUGUCUAGGGACCAGCCUACCCUGACUGAUAAGGAACUGAGAGAUGCCUUCUGCUUAUUCGAUGCUGAUGAGGAUGGUAUCAUCAGUGCCGACGAUGCCAAGCCAAUUUUUUCCAGGCAAGAAAUCGUAACAUUUUCUUACAAAGAAAUCAACGACAUCAUCGCCGUGGCAGACUACAACAAGGAUGGCCUUGUAACCAUGGAAGACUUCAUCACCGCCGUCAAGAGGGUCUGA